CAACCACGGAGAGCCUGUAAAUUCCUCUAACCAGAAGGGCUCUCCCCGCCCCCUCUCCCCGCGCUGCCUGCUCUGCCCUCCGCCUCCUCCUCUCCGCCCACUCUCCUGGCGGCGGCGGCUUUGUCUCGUGGGCUGGUCCCCGGCGGCUCCCUCCCCCGAACAGCUGCCGCCGAGGGAGGAAGCGGCGCGGGAGCUGUCCAGCACCCCGGUGCUGAAACCCCGACCGCGAGCCAUCCACCAACACCAUGUAAGGGCCAUGAAAAGGGCUCGUCCUGGCGCAGCGCGGACAUGGAGGAGGACUUAUUCCAGCUAAGGCAGCUGCCGGUGGUGAAAUUCCGUCGCACGGGCGAGAGUGCCAGGUCAGAGGAUGACACGGCUUCGGGAGAGCAUGAGGUCCAGAUUGAAGGGGUCCGCACGGGCCUAGAGGCUGUCGAGCUGGACGAUGGGGCAGCUGUGCCCAAGGAGUUUGCCAAUCCCACUGACGAUACUUUCAUGGUGGAAGACGCGGUAGAAGCCAUUGGGUUUGGAAAAUUUCAAUGGAAGCUGUCGGUGCUCACGGGCUUGGCCUGGAUGGCCGACGCCAUGGAAAUGAUGAUCCUGAGUAUCCUGGCUCCCCAGCUGCACUGCGAGUGGAGACUCCCCAGCUGGCAGGUUGCGUUGCUGACCUCGGUAGUCUUUGUGGGCAUGAUGUCCAGUUCCACCCUCUGGGGAAACAUCUCAGACCAGUACGGCCGGAAAACAGGGCUGAAGAUCAGCGUGCUCUGGACCCUGUACUACGGCGUCCUCAGUGCUUUCGCCCCCGUGUACAGCUGGAUCCUGGUGCUCCGGGGCCUGGUGGGCUUCGGGAUCGGAGGGGUCCCCCAGUCGGUGACGCUGUACGCGGAGUUCCUUCCCAUGAAGGCCAGAGCUAAGUGUAUUUUGCUGAUUGAGGUCUUCUGGGCCAUCGGGACAGUGUUCGAGGUGAUCCUGGCCGUGUUUGUGAUGCCCAGCCUGGGCUGGCGCUGGCUGCUCAUCCUCUCGGCCGUCCCGUUGCUUCUCUUUGCGGUUCUGUGUUUUUGGCUGCCGGAGAGCGCAAGGUAUGAUGUGCUGUCCGGGAAUCAGGAGAAGGCCAUCGCCACCUUAAAGAGGAUAGCGACAGAAAACGGAGCCCCCAUGCCGCUGGGGAAACUCAUCAUCUCCAGACAGGAAGACCGAGGCAGAAUGAGGGACCUUUUCACGCCCCAUUUUAGGUGGACAACCUUGUUGCUGUGGUUUAUAUGGUUUUCCAAUGCGUUUUCUUACUAUGGAUUAGUUCUGCUCACCACUGAGCUCUUUCAGGCAGGAGAUGUCUGCAGCAUCUCUAGCCAGAAGAAGGCCGUAGAAGCAAAAUGCAGCCUGGCCUGUGAGUACCUGAGUGAGGAGGAUUACAUGGAUCUGCUGUGGACCACGCUCUCUGAGUUUCCAGGUGUCCUUGUGACUCUGUGGAUUAUUGACCGCCUGGGCCGCAAGAAGACCAUGGCCCUGUGCUUCGUCAUCUUCUCCCUGUGCAGCCUCCUGCUGUUUAUCUGUGUCGGAAGAAAUAUGCUCACUCUGUUACUCUUCAUUGCAAGAGCGUUUAUUUCUGGAGGCUUCCAGGCAGCCUAUGUUUACACACCUGAGGUCUACCCCACGGCAACUCGAGCGCUCGGCCUGGGCACCUGCAGCGGCAUGGCGAGAGUGGGUGCUCUCAUUACUCCGUUCAUUGCUCAGGUCAUGCUGGAAUCUUCCGUGUACCUGACGCUGGCAGUUUACAGUGGCUGCUGCCUCCUGGCCGCCCUGGCCUCCUGCUUUUUGCCCAUCGAGACCAAAGGCCGCGGACUGCAGGAGUCCAGCCACCGGGAGUGGGGCCAGGAGAUGGUCGGUCGAGGGGCGCACGGCACAGGCAUCACCAGGUCGAACUCUGGCUCUCAGGAGUAGUGACCGAUGCAGGGCUGAGCUGGUCUUUGGGGCUGUAGAAGGCAGGGAGCUGGUGGAACCCAGUUGGGGCACCGACCGUCACUGCCGACAUCCAGAACUUACCCGGGGGGACAACCUGGACCAACAGGGUUUUGUGUCUUGA